AUGGCGUUCACUGCUUCGCUCCCGCUCUCUCAAAGGGUUGCCGUCGACGGGCUUUGCCGUGCCCCUGGAACCGCGGCGCCGCUAACGAGCACGUUUCAUGCAUCUCGCAGCGCCAGCGGGAUGCUCGCGCUACCCCCGCGCGCGGCGUUUCGCGGAGAGGCGAGCGCAAAGGGAGCGGCGGAAGAGCGAGAACGGUCCGCUGCAGCGGCAGGCGCAGUGGCGGGCGCGGGUACGGGGGAAGCAGUUGGGUUGAGCCGGCGCGUUUUGCUGAUAGGAAGCGGAGUGGUAACAGCUGUUGGACCGUGGUUCGCGGCAGGCGACGUGGCGCGCGCAGCUGACGUGGCACCCCAAAGGUACUUCAAGACUCCCUCUGGUGCCACAGUCGAAGGUAUGCUCUCUUACAUCCCUCACAUCCCGCACCUGCCCUCACAUCCCGCACCUGCCCUCACAUCCCGCACCUGCCCUCACAUCCCCCACCUGCCCUCACAUCCCCCACCUGCCUCUUACCUCCCUUUCUUACACGCACUCACUCCCACCCUCACACACCCGCACACACCCGCACACACAUGCACAAAAGCGCGAUCUUCCUCACACCUCUCCUCCCACUCCUCCCCCACUCACUCAGAGGUAUACGAGGGGCAGGGCGAGGCGGCAACAGCAGGAGAUGCGGUGACUGUGCACUAUGUGUGCCGCAGAUCCAAUGGCUAUUUUUUGGCCAGCACCAUUGACCCAGUGGGAGGGGAUGCGGACCCCAUAGACCUGCUGCUAGGCCAAGGCCAGGUGAUUCAAGGUCUAGAAGAGGCGGUGCAAGGAAUGAGAGCAGGAGGCAAGCGCAGGGUGCUCGUUCCCCCUUCACUGGGCUACGUCAGACCAGACAUGCAGCCGCAACCCAAGGAUCGUGCAUUGGCAGCCCAUGUGAAAGAGCCACUGAUAUUUGAAGUGCAGCUUAUCAAGGUGAAGCCUGGGGCUGCUGCCACUGCUGUGUAA